AGGAGAGAGGAGAGGGAGGACGACGACGACGACGACGUUCAUACCGCGCCAUAACACACGACCAAAGCGACUUUCAUUUGUUUGUACCCGAAGCGCAACAGAAGACCUUUAGAGACGCGAAUUUACUUUGUGGACCUUUCUUCUAUUUUAUUUUCCUAAUAAUGCUCACAUUCGGAGCUGAAAAGUUUCAUUCGGGUAGCUGUGUUAUGUUAAUAUUAGUCUGAACAAUAUUUCUCCGCACCCAGUGAACUUUGGAGAAUCAAGAAACCGCGAUUAAAAUGAGAGCUCAAAUUGAGGUAAUACCAUGCAAGAUCUGUGGCGACAAAUCCUCUGGGAUUCACUAUGGCGUUAUUACAUGUGAAGGGUGCAAGGGUUUUUUCCGACGCAGCCAGCAGAACAAUGCCAUGUACUCGUGUUCGCGGCAGAGAAACUGCCAGAUUGACCGAACCAACAGGAACCGCUGCCAACACUGUCGUCUGCAGAAGUGCCUGGCGCUCGGCAUGAGCCGUGAUGCGGUGAAGUUUGGCCGAAUGUCAAAGAAACAGCGGGACAGCCUGUACGCGGAGGUGCAGCGGCACCAGCAGCUGUCUCAGGAGUGCCUGGUGGGUUUGGGUGGUGGUCUGGCACCACGUGACCGUGAAGAGACGGGUGAAGACAGCGUGCACAGCCGGCCUUACAGCAGCGGAGGCUCCAGCUCCACCCUCAGCGACCUGGACGACAUCGCCACGCUGCCCGACGGUUUGCUGUUCGACCUGCCGCUCACCCCAGAGGAGGCGAGCGAGUACUGCACUCUAGAGAUGCUUGGGGGCGGCGGAAGGUCCGGGAGUACCGGAAGCGGACGUUCGUCCAAUCAGAGCUCUCCAGCGCCCAGCGCUGCAGAUUUGAUGGAAGCAGUGAGGGUGAAGCAUGAGUAUAUCCUGUCUGAAAACAGUCUUCUUACGCACUCUCUCCUGGGAUCUCUACCAGACAACUGCUCUCUACACGACAUAGAGCGAAUCACUCAAAAUGUCGUGAAGUCUCACCUGGAGACGUGUCAGUACAGCUCAGAAGAGCUGAAGAAACUUACCUGGAACAUCUACACACCUGAAGAAACCCGCAGCUUUCAGCUCAAGUCUGCAGAAUGGAUGUGGCAGCAGUGCGCCCUGCACAUUACAAAUGCCAUCCAGUACGUUGUAGAGUUCGCAAAGCGCAUCUCUGGAUUCAUGGACCUCUGUCAGAACGACCAGAUCAUCCUGCUCAAAGCAGGAUGUCUGGAAAUCCUGCUGAUCCGAAUGUGCCGUGCUUACAACUCUUCAAACAACACUAUGUUUUUUGAUGGCAAGUUUGCCAUUCCUCAGCUCUUCAAAGCUCUCGGGUGUGAUGACCUGGUGAACGCUGUCUUUGAGUUGGCUAAAAGUCUGAGUCGACUUCAACUGAGUGAUGAGGAAAUGGCUUUAUUCAGCGCCGCGGUCCUGCUGGCUCCAGAUCGGCCGUGGUUGGCAGAGUCUCAGCAGGUGCAGAAGCUCCAGGAGAAAGUUUACGUGGCUCUUCAGCACAGCCUGCACAUGAACCGAGCCACUACUGAGAAACUGGAUAAGGUGAGGAAUCUGUUUGACUGAAACUGGUUCUGCACAAAAGU